UCUCUCAUUCUCUCCCUAUCUCUCCUACAUUCUCAAGGAAAAAAACGAAUCCACAAAAAUGGUGGCCAAGUUUAUCAAAAAAACCCCACCGAAAAUCUCCAAGAACCGCCAUCGCCGCCGCAAGAAGUCCCCCUCCAAGUCCGCCUCCGCUGCUAACUUCAUCUCUUCCAUUAACAAAUCUUUGUACUCAUGCAAGCGCCGUCUCGCCAAACUUUUCUCCAAAUUGGUGCGCAUGACCACUCCAACUCGCAAAAGCAAAGGCUACAAGAUAUUGAAAACAGAACAAAAAGAUCACCCUGAAUUUGAAGAUCAAGUUCUUGUUCCUAAAGUUCUUUUCUUUGGUAAGGAAAACGUUCUUCCUCCUCUCAUAUCCCCUGAGAAAAAAACCAUUUUUCUUGAUCUUGACGAGACGUUAAUCCAUUCAAAACCCGACCCUCCUCCGGAAAAAUUUGACUUCAUUGUUAGGCCAAGAAUUGAUGGAGAAAUCAUGAAUUUUUAUGUUGCAAAACGGCCCGGUGUUGAUGCUUUCUUGGAAUCAAUAAGUAAAAAGUACGAAUUGGUGGUGUUCACGGCGGGGUUAAAGGAGUAUGCGUCGUUGGUUCUUGAUAGGCUUGAUGAGAAGAGGGUGAUAUCGCAUCGGCUUUAUCGUGAUUCUUGCAAACAACAUGAUGGAAAGUUUGUAAAGGACUUGUCUGAGAUGGGGAGAGACUUGAAGAAGGUGGUGAUUGUUGAUGAUAAUCCAAAUGCCUAUAUUUUUCAUCCGCAAAAUGCGAUUCCGAUGAAACCCUUCACCGGCGACGCCAAUGAUAAGGAGUUGUGUAAGUUGGCCAAAUUUUUUGAGCGUUGUGAUUGUUUCGUUGAUAUGAGGGAUGCUGUGAAGGCAUUUCAUCCUUUCCAGAACAACUUCGAUGGUGAAAAAAGAAGAAAUGGUGGAUCCUAAUUUUUCUUGCGUGGAUCUUGAAACAAUUUGACGCUGACGGUGUAUCUAUCUCUAUUCCAAAUAUUUUGGCAGCCAACUCUAUUGCAGGAUAUAUUUAUUUAACUA